AUGAAGAGUGGAGGCAUUCAACGAGAUUGGGCUGGAGUACCAAGGUUACUCUACGAUCCAAACACAAAACAACAACGAUGUGCUUGUGUAAAAAAUUUUGGUGCGGGUUUAUCGCCAGUUGGAUCCAAAGGGAAUAAUCGAGGAGAUCUUGACCAUCCGAAUCUAAGGGUCUUCAUCCUCAACGUCACAUCUUAUGCGAAUGAUUAUGCUGUGACGAAGAAGCGAAAAGCUUUGUCACCUGAGGAUAUAUAUCAGGCUCUUCAAGUUAUUGAAUGUGAUCACAUCGUUACUCCAUUGGCGGACGAGCUUGAGGCAUGGAAAUCAAAUAAGUUGUUGAAGGCUCAGAAUGUCGAGCGUAACGUAUUUAUCGGUGCUCAACGAUCGGAGGAGAGAAAGCGAAAGGCGGAUAAGAAAGCAGCGGGCAGCUAG